GUCCUACGACAGCUCCAAAGAAGAUGCCCAAAACCCGUGGCCCGACUUCGAUGAUUCGCCGCCUGGAAAGAAAGAGUCCCCCCCGGAAAGUAAGCGCACAUUCCAACGUGGCAAGGCAGGCAAGCAACCGCUUCGCACCGAUUCCAUGCAAACAGUUGUGGAGACGCCCCCUGCGAAAUUGAAGCGAGCCAUCACCGAUCAGCUGACUGGUUCUACAAGCAAGAAAGUCAAGCAUGCUCUGACAAGACCCCAGACAGUUGACAAGAAGAACACCCUAGAAAGGCAGGCCAGUGCCCAAGCCGCCCAAAGGAAGUUGGAGCAUGAGUUUGAAGAUGUGGAGGAAACCCAGCGGGAUGAUCCCAAGGAGCCCGCUCACUUCCAGGACAAGAAAAUCGUGGAUGCAAUCGUUGUCCGCAAGCAGACAGAUGAGUACUUGAAGAAGACUGAGAUCCGGGAUCAUCCGGACUGCCCAGGAUUGGUUCAAUACCUGGUGCUUGUUGAUGAAGAGCACACAGACGAAGACGCAGACGAGAUUGUCGACAUGUUCCGAGCGGAGGUGAUCACAUCUCUCAGCAGGGUCAUCCGGGAGACCAACGACAAAAUUUCGGAGCUCUCUGGGAUGAGCAAGAACAUUCAGGCGGCCCUUCGCAAGGAUCUCAACGAUGCCAUCUCCCAGCUGACUACCUCGCGAGCAGACUUGCAGUCUGCUUUGGAUGCCAGUGAGGAGCCCUUCCAUUUGAUCAUUAGCUUGUGUUUUGAAUUGCGACCUAUCCAACCUUCCUAUGAGGAGACCCGCAUCACCUCGAGCACCGAAUCCGCGAAGGCACUGAUCUCGAAGUUGCAGCAGCAAGUGCUUUCAUACGGCAAGAAGAAGAGUUUCACAAGCAAGUAG